AUGUCGUUUCUCGGUGAACGAACCCGAAAGGUCACCACCUAUGGCAAGAAGCAGACGAGAAUCAUCAGCGUCCAUGCCGACCUGUCACCCUCACGCUUAUCUCCGCCUGCCUCAGCUUCCAACAUGGCGACGCCGCUUCGGCCGCCUAGGAUGAAGAAGUUGUCGCCGGACCAGCCAGCCAGGGAGCCUCUGACUCCUUUCAAGCCAACGAGAGUGAACGUCCUCAAGACACCAUGUACUGUUCUCAAGGCCUCUGAGGUUGUGUCGCUCAAGACGCCCCGCCGGCUGGCCGACGAUCCAACCCUGCGCCAACACGUCGCUAAGAGCGCAGUCCGCCGACGCUCUGCCGGAUCACCCCGACAUGCUAGCCCACCUACACCCCAUCGUUCAGUGCGCAAGGCGCGGGGACCACUCACUCCACCACGGCCAGUGCGUGGCGUAGCCAACUUCGAGAUUGAGAUCGUCGCGAGUAGGCUACGCAACGUCUCCCUUGACGAGCUGUCCAGCCGCGAGACCGCGCUGCGCAGUCUCCUCAAGUGCGCCACCACCAAGAAGAUCAUACCCUUCUCCGAAGCCUGUACUAAUCCGGAUUUCGCCAAGCUGCUGCCGAGCGGCAUGUCGCCGGUGGUGACCAAGGUCGGGGAAGCUUCGUACUCUGAAGUCUUCUCUGUCGGGGAGGGCGACAGCGCGGUGGUUGUCAAGGUGGUGCCGCUGUUAGGCAAAACGGACUCUGGAUCGAAGGGAAAGGCAACAAGCGACCUUCCAGAUUGCUCUGCGAUUUCCGACGUCGUGCGCGAGAUCGAGAUCACGCGGCGGAUGUCACAGACGCCGGGAGGCGGGUUUGUCGAGUUCCUGGGGGCGUUCGUCGUGGAGGGUGCGUAUCCCGUUCAAUUUUUGGACGCGUGGGAUAGCUACAGAGAGGAGCAAGGGACUGAGAGUGUCCGACCUGACUCAUUCUCAUCCUUACAGCGAUACGCACUCAUCGUUCUCGCCGACGGUGGAGAUGACCUCGAGAGUUACAGAUUCGAGAACACGCGCGGCUGGGUGCAAGCAGCGGCGGUCUUCUGGCAGGUGGCAGACGCCCUCGCGCGAGCGGAGACGUGGACGGACUUUGAGCACCGUGACCUCCACGAGGGGCAGAUUCUGAUAAACGAUGUCGACGCGGACCCACCAGCGCCCAUCGAGGAUUAUCUGGACACGCGAUCCACAGGCGUUCGUGUCACAGUCAUCGACUUUGGCCUGUCUCGUCUCGAUAUGCCAGAUCAAGGCGCGGUUUAUUCUGCCCUUCCAGAAGAGGUUUACGAGGGUGUGGGGGACCAGUGGGACGUGUAUCGUGAACAGCGCGAUGUUGUCGAGGGCGCCGGUGCAUGGGAAACCUUCCUUCCCUCAACGAACGUGCUAUGGCUGCACUACAUCGUCGGCCACCUCCUCCAUUCCACACCCACGCUACGCAAACCGUAUGCCCGACGAGGACGACGUACAGCACCCAAGACACCCGCACAAGUUAGGACCGAAUUAGUGCGGAGUCGGGCGGAGGACGCUUGGGCCAUGCUGCAGGACGUCGACGAGGCGCUGAGCAAGCCUUCGCGUGGGAGAAAGGCGACCGACUUCUCGUCGGCGCAGAAGGUCAUGGCGUGGGGUAGGGAACAGGGCUGGGUUUUGUAA